UAAAUACCACCUGUCAAAGUACCCUUACUUCUUCCGGUUCUUCCCCCCUCUCUCUCUGCCUGUGCACCCAAGCCCAACACUAACAGUCCUUUGAUCUGAUUCUUGAUGUGUAGGGCUUAUUCAGAAGCUGCAAAUCUAGCAAAGCAACAGUCAUUUCAUGCCCUAGUGUCACCGUCCUAAAACCAAAAGAUUUAGCAUCAACUGUCUUUUUUCAAAGGUGGAUCGCAGGUAUGGAAAGAGGCCACUUCCACCGGAAGCAUCAGAGGAGAAGGAAAAGGAACUUGAUGACUUCCCUUCUUAUUCUUCCACUUGGUCAGAGACAGACAUGUCUUCUAUGGUUUCAGCUCUCACUCAAGCUAUGGGUACUACCGACAAUAACGUCCCAACGGUGCAAUCAACCCCAUUUGCUCUCCAUCAAUCCGUCGUCAAAGGCGAACCUGACCAGUCUCAACCAGUGCAAGAUCAAGAAAAUACAAGGAGAAGGCAUUACAGAGGAGUGAGACAAAGACCUUGGGGUAAGUGGGCAGCCGAAAUACGUGACCCUAAAAAGGCAGCUCGAGUCUGGCUUGGUACUUUUGAUACUGCUGAGGAUGCAGCUGUUGCGUAUGACAAGGCAGCGCUUAAGUUCAAAGGCAGCAAGGCUAAGCUUAAUUUUCCUGAAAGAGUUCACGAGUUCGGCUACUUCAUGAGUUCUGGGGCUUCAAGCAAUGUCAUGACUGAACAAAAUCCUAGGCCAGUUGCUCCCCCUCCCCCUCCCCCCUCAUCAUUUGCACCAGACACUUACCCAGACUUGCUUCAAUAUGCACAAAUCCUUUCUAGCAAUGAUGCCAAUUUCCCGUACUACACUUCAAACCUCUUUAAUCAACAACCUUUCCCCGGCCAUUUUUCACAAAGCUUUCUAUCACAGCAACAACUAAAUCAACAACAAGAAGAUCUAAUGAGAUUCUCGUCAAGGUUUGAUGGCUCCUCUAGCUCAGAUCAACAGGAACAUGGGAAGGGCUCCAGUAAUCCUAGCGAGUAAUAUUAUCUUUGAUUUUUCAGUACUAAGAGGCCAACAUGGCAUUCCUUAGUUAAGGAUCAAAUAUAUAUAAGGCAUGUAUCAAAGCAUUACCAUCAAAUAUCGAGAAGUUCAAAAAUCAAGAACUUCCAAGUA